AUCAGGAUCUGUUGAAGCCCACUGGACAUCUGAAGCGGACUCGGAUUCUUACAUGGAUUCUGGAGAGAUCUUUAUGCGCUACAGCUUUUUAAGAAAUCCAGUUCCUACAAACUUGCGCUGAGAUUUCUCGCAGUGGAGAAGAUCUUUUACAAAAUGCCUCGCUCAUUUUUGGUCAAGAAGUAUUUCUCUAACAAGAAACCCAACUACAGUGAACUGGAGAGUCAAACGGACAGACAAUAUGCCAUCAUCCCACAAUGCUUCCCUCUGGACGACUCGUCCACCAAGGGAGUCGACUCUCUGGUUCCUGCAUACACAUCCAUGCUCGUGUGGACUGCCAGUGCCCUACCCCUCACCUUUACUCCAGUCUCGCCCAGCAUCCCCUCUCCUCCUGGGCCUCUAGACCUGAGUUCCCAGUCCAGUUCCAGCAGCGGAGAGGAGGAUGAUUGCUGUACAUCCGAUCCUGCCAGUCCAGACCCCACUGACCGCUUCCAGUGCGCCCACUGUGGCAAGACCUGCUGCAGCCCGAGCGCCCUCUCUCGCCAUCAGCUCACGCAAUGCACCGCCAGCCCGGAAACAGUCGUCGCCAAGACAGGAACGACCAACACCAUGACCAGAGUGCCGUUUCACUGCAAGCACUGUUCCAAAGAGUACAGCAGCCUCGGCGCACUCAAAAUGCACAUCCGUUCACAUACUCUGCCCUGUGUGUGCACCACAUGUGGAAAGGCUUUCUCCAGACCCUGGCUACUGCGAGGACACGUUCGGACACAUACUGGUGAACGUCCCUUCUCAUGCCAACACUGUAACCGGGCGUUUGCGGACCGCUCAAACCUGCGAGCUCACCUGCAGACCCACUCUGAGGUAAAGAAGUACCAGUGUGGAAGCUGCUCUCGAACCUUCAGCCGCAUGUCUCUCCUGCACAAACACACCCUCUCUGGAUGCUGUACGUCUGCGUAGAGAAGUUUCUUUCGGAGUUACUCUUGGAUAGGUUAAUGCAACAAAUGAAUGUUCGGACUCGUUUAAAGAAUGAACUAAAGACUUUUUUUAAGCAUGAUUUUCUUAAAGUGCCUUUUAUCCGGAAAACCCCCAAAGAGAGGUGCUAUAUUUUUUAACCAGACACAAACAAUGUCUACAAUGAGGUUUGUUAUACAUAGUUUGGAGAUUUUUAUUGUCUGGCUCGCUGUGGAUUCCCAAGAUGUACCUCGGUGCCGGCUGGUCCGACACAGUGAGGGGGCAGCUGCUAUAAAGUGUGUGUGGGGAGAGAGGUCAUCUCUCACCAAGAUCUCCACAGACUUCCAGGGAUGUAUUUAGACAGCUGUCGCAGUGCAGGCCUGUCGACAAAUGCAUUGGCCCCAAAUCUGCUCUCCGUUUGUGCUGUGCCUGAUACCAAAGACCUGUUUUGAUAAGAAGUUCGAUUAGAUUGUGGAGUUUUUCUCUGUAAUUUGAGCUCAAUCAACGGACCCUGAAUUUGCAGACUAACUUGUCAAUCAGCGUCAGAACGAUUUUAAUUUUGUCAUAUAAAAUGCUUUCUUAAAGACUGACAGGGCGAUUGCUCAAAAGCACAAGACUGUUACAAGGGUCAUUUGAUUUAAGCUGCCAAGUUUAUUCCAAGCUGCCUAAAUUGCUGGGAAAUACGCCAGCUCUCAGUUGAGAAAGACUUUCCAUGAAGCCUGUAUCAUCUUGACCAACAUGUUUUUUGAAGCCACAAUGAUAUAUGUUGGAAGUAUAACAAAAACCAAAUGCUAUGCAAUCUUUUUUGAGCAAUGCUAUUUUUACUGCAUCUCCACUUACUUAAGUUUUCCAAUAAAAUAAUUUA